AUGUCAAACUUUCGUAUGGGAACGUCAUCUGAUAACAAUCAGUGUUGCCAAGACUCAAAAUAUACUAGUACUAGUAGAACUAGUAGUAAUACUAAUAGAAAUAGUAGUGGUACUAGUAGAACUAGUAGUAAUACUAAUAGAAAUAGUAGAGGUACUAGUAGAAAUAGUGGUGGUACUAGUAGAAAUACUAGUAGUACUAGUAAAAAUAGUAGUAGUACUAGUAGAAAUGGUAGUAGUACUAGUAGAAAUAGUAGUAGUAUUAGUAUUAAAACUAGUUCCAGUAGAACUAGUUGUGGUACUAGUAGAUUUAGUAUUAGUAGUAGUAUCUUAAGGUCUAGUUAA